GCUAAUGGGAGCCGCCGGCUCCUCAGACCGCCCGCGGGGAGCCGCGAGAAGGACGUCCGUAAGGCUCCGCACAAGCACCCUGCCCUUGCCGUUUGUCGUGGUCUGGUUUUCACUCGUUGUCUUGGUCCCGUAACAUCCCCCUUCUGAAAUUGCUAGAACGUACGUUUACUAAAAAACCCUGUAAUUGUGGCUUAGUGACAUGUUAAUUUUUAUUUGUAACGUUCCUGUUAUUGGUAUUUCCUGGCAUAUGCACAGGUGCAGAUAUCUUAUCCUUACUUCACUGUGAACGUGCCGAAAUGAUGCUUAUCUUGUGGCUGUUAAGUGCUGCUUGAAUACAUUUGCCUUUAUAUUAACAGAUCUUUUUUAUGGUAACAGUUUUGAAGGACACCCUGGAAAAAAGAGGUGCUCUUGGACAAAUAAAAGCAAGGAUCAGAGCUGAAGUUUUUAAUGCCCUGGAUGACCAAAGUGAACCACGACCACCACUGUCUCAUGAAAAUCUCUUAAUCAACGAACUAAUUCGUGAAUAUCUGGAAUAUAACAAAUAUAAAUACACAGCAUCUGUUUUAACUGCAGAGUCUGGCCAGCCUGAAGUGCCCUUGGAUAGACAGUUUCUUGCCAAAGAGCUGAACAUAGUCGAAGACGCAAGUGGAAAAUCAGUCAGACCUCUCUUGUAUGGAAUUAUCUCUCAUUUCUUACAUGGUGGUAAAGAAGGAAGUACCCAGAACACCCUUCCAAAAUUGUCUUUGCUGAGUUAUCCAAAACAGAACCUUGGCAAACCACCUACUGAGAGAAAUCAAAAAGGUCCUGCUAUAUCCAACUCAAGAAAGACCCACCCAUGAUUUCUAAAACAACCCAUAUACAUACCUUUGUUUAAAUGAGUGACUGGCUUACACCAACCCUUAGGCCUGCUUCUCCCUGCCGGCUUGUUAAUGGGACUGCAUACGCGGCAUACAAAUCUGAUUGCCCUUGGAAGCGCUCGACUGGCCUUCAAAUGCAUCAGUAGUAGAACCUUCUCUCUUAUAGGGAAUGUAUUUUAUUUAUAAAGCAGGCAUUUAAAAAAAAUUGCAGACAGACAAGUUUACGUAAUUUCUCAACAGUGCAAGGUACUGUGAAGCUCCUGUUACCUUGUAGCUGUGGCUACUUGUUAGUUACUAGAGGGAACGGUAAAAACCCUAAUUGUUUAGCUUUAUUCUCUUUAAGGCUUUUGGACUGUUAAAAACUGAAAACUCAUUUAAAUUGGACAGCUGUGCUAUUCUAAUUAGUUUUGCUGCUCUGGAGUUAGUGGUAAAGACCAGGAAAUACUAAUAUCCCAAUACUCAGUAUCAGAAAGGUCAGCCAUCAAAUUGCUUUACCAUUCUCCUAAAAGUUAAACUGGCCAAGUUGUACUCCCUUGUACUAUUACAAAUCUGGAAUGGGUCAGCUAGAGACAGUCUUACUAUUUUGGGAAUUUAAUACAAGAAUUUAACCUAAAUUCUCAGUAAAGUGUGUUAAAUAGCAGGCGUAUCUCUUUGUUUCUCGUGUGUUCCAACUUACCUAAUUUCUGUAUUAAGUUCUUAACUCCUUAGCUGUCAGUUUUGUAUAUGGGCAUAAACCUUUUCCAAGGACAUAAUUCACAUCCCAUUGAGCGCAGAAGCUUAAGCUCUGAGUUCAUCGCUCUAUAGUGGAACACUGCUAAAUCUUAUUUUCCCUUUCUGUCCUGCUUUGUGACUGGUUACAAUUCAUACUGCCAAAGCUACAGAAUGAAAGGGAUCAUUGGUCCAGUUUUUUUCUUCACAGAGUCUGCUAGGCACGUUACUUCACUUUCUACUGUGAGAAUGUAGUGCUAUUGUGUUAGUACAAUCAACUAUUUCUUUUGUAUCCAGAAAUUUGCAGAAUACGAGGCCUGAGAUAAUAUUGACAUCUAAAAAGUGACAGAAGUACUAACCACCUUUUCUUAGCAGUUAAUUCAUUGAGACAAUGUUGUUUCCCUUCUGCCAGAAGAGGGGGCUGAAGAAAUAAAAUUUCAGGACCAAAACUGCUAUAAAUUACCUCUUUGUUAGAAAAUAGUUAUUCCUAUCAGAAUUUUUUUAAUUUUUAAAAACAAAUUCGGUGUAUAGAAUUGUUUUUAAAGUAUAACUUUGUACCUCAGUUCUGAAAUUGACUCUGUGCAGGGUCACCUUGCCCUGUUGACUCCAAUAAAAAUUUCACACUGGGAUUUAAUUGUUCAGAUUUAGUUACAAAACUCCAGACUAAUCAUAAGGCAUGACAGCACAUUGCUUUUUGAACUAAACAAAAUUAUACAGGUUUUAAGGCUUUUAACCUUUAAGUAACUAUAGUCAGAAAUUACUUUCUGCAUGUGUUUGUAGAAUAUGUCAGUGGAGACCUAAAGGCAGGGGGUUUAAAAUACCAAUUACCUAGCUAUUUUAAUUAGGCUGCACAUUCAGGUAAUAAAGUCUAUUCAUAGACUCAACCCUCCAAGUCUCAUAUUGUAACAUCUAACUUGCUUUUCAUAUUAGAAAUUGUCUUGUUUAUUUAGCUGAAUGAAUAUUCCAAUAAACUGCUAUACAGACUGGGAAUCCUGGUAGAGCACGUGGAAUCCGGUGUUUCUGUUAGCUUAUUCACUAUAGCGGAGUUAAAGUUGUCUGAAAUCUAAUCUUUAGUAAUGCAAAGGUCUUCUCUCAUACAGUUUCAUGGAAAAAUAUAUUUGUAAAAUUAUCCGAGUUUCCUAUGACAAUGUGCUGUAUCAAAGUUGAUAAUAGUAGAAAGUAACACUUAAACCUUUGGAUCUCCAGACAUGCGAGAUAU